GCCUGGGAGGUGGAGGGGGGGCGCGGGGUGGGCAAGGCGAGCGAGAGCAGCGGCAAUCUGGGCUCCGCUGAGCCCGACGGAGUGCGAGGAUGAGCAAUGGGGCUGGCGGAGGCCGGCCGGACGCCAUUAGUUACACCCUUCCCUCCAUCCCCUCCAACAAACUCCCGGACUUGCGUUUUAUCAGCCGUGGCGCCUACGGUACCGUGUCCGCCGCCCGACACGCUGACUGGAGGGUCCCGGUGGCCCUCAAAUGGCUGCAGGGGCCACUGACAGACAGUGAUAGAGAACACCUUCUGAAAGAAGCAGAGAUAUUACACAAAGCCAGGUUUAGUUACAUUCUGCCAAUUUUGGGAAUUUGCAAUGAGCCUGAAUUUCUGGGGAUCGUUACAGAAUACAUGACAAAUGGGUCAUUAAACCAGCUUUUACAUGGGAAGGACAUAUAUCCUGACGUUCCCUGGUGCCUGAGAUUCCGCAUUCUUUAUGAAAUUGCUUUGGGAGUGAACUAUUUGCACAACAUGAAUCCUCCAUUGCUGCACCAUGACUUGAAAACACAGAAUAUUUUGCUGGAUGAUGAGUUUCAUGUCAAGAACUGUCCUUUCCAGAUUGCAGAUUUUGGCAUGUCAAAAUGGCGCAUCAUAUCCAUGUCACGAUCACGAAGUGAAACAUCUUUGCCAGAAGGAGGGACGAUUAUCUACAUGCCACCUGAAGAUUAUAAUCCCAGUCAGAAAACCCGUGCGAGUGUAAAACAUGAUAUCUACAGUUAUGCAAUUCUUAUGUGGGAAGUGAUGUCAAGGAAGCAGCCAUUUGAAGAAGUUAUAAACCCCUUGCAGAUAAUGUACAGUGUGUCACAAGGACAACGACUAGACUUAAGUGAAAAAAGUUUAUCUAUGGACAUUCCUCAUCGAGUACUCAUCAUAAGAUUGAUAGGAAGUGGAUGGGCACAAAACCCAGAUGAAAGACCAUCAUUCUUAAAAUGCUUAAUAGACCUUGAGCCAGCCCUGCGAACAUUUGAUGAAAUAGCUAUGCUGGAAGCAGUAACUUUGUUAAAGAGAUCAAAGACACUAUAUGAAUCACCAUGUAUUUACAAGAGUGGAAAGAACACAGAUGUGGAACAGAUAUCUCUAAAUAUACCUCUGAGUCCCCAAGAGGAGACAUGUUCUGGCUCCGUACAAUGUGAUGCACUUCCCCUUCGGAGCAUCUCUCCAGAUAUGUCAAGAGUCAAGUCUAUUUGCAAGUGUAAUAUCCUCUCAUCAGAUGUAAAUUCUGGGUGUCUACACUCCCUCAGCAGUCAGAGCAUGGACGAAAACAUCUCUGUAACUCAGCGCGCCAAACUUCUUGGGCAUCCGUAUGGUUGUUUUCACUCAUCAGACAAGAGUAGUUCAGAUGCCUCAAGUUCUGCACCAUGUAGGCUGCAGUCAUCACCAAUUCCUUCAGAUUUUGUUUUGGAAACCAUACAACAGAAUGUAGCUCACCAAUGGAUCCAAAGUAAAAGAGAAGAAAUUAUUGAUCAGAUGACUGAAGCAUGUUUGAAUCAGUCACUGGAUGCUCUUCUAUCAAGAUUUUUACUCAUGAAAGAAGACUAUGAACUUAUAAGCACCAAACCUACAAGGACAUCAAAAGUCCGACAGCUGCUUGAUACCUCAGAUAGCCAGGGAGAGGAAUUUGCCAGAAUUAUAAUACAAAAGCUGAAAGACAACAAACAGCUAGGACUUCAACCAUAUCCAGACAUUGUGUCUAAUUCUCUAACACUGCAUCUCUAAGUUUAUUUUUUCUGUAUGAAACCAUGGGAAUAUUUCUUACAACAUGAUUCUUGUUUCUGUGGAGUAGUUUUAUAUAUGUUCUGUUUUGUCUUUAUUCUGCCUUUGUAAUCUCUGAAAAGGCACUGAGCUCAUCUAGACUGCAUUUGGUAAGUUACCAAUUAAUCAGUUGGAAUGCAGUCAUAAAGCCAAACGCUCAAUACUUGACUCAUUUCAUAAAAGUAUUUUGUUUAUAUGUGACAAAGAAAAAAACAUUAAAUGUUCCUUGUUUUACAUAUUUUCUGUUUAUACAUAUCUCAACUUGGAGCAUUAUUUUUUUUCUCUGUCCACCUGGCCUCUGUCACAGAGCAGGAAAAAAAUCUAGGUGCUGUAUUUUGGGGCUUGUAUGCUGCAUGUGUAAUACAUUUUACUCUUUCAGCCAUACUGGUUACUCCUCCCAAGAUACCAGAGAAGAGUAGUAGGUGGGAGGAAGUUUACAUUGCAUUUUUUACACGAUUUUUCAUUAUAGUUUGGUUUACAUUUAUUAUUUUGUUGUCAGGGCAAGCACUUCAGACCACUGCAGAAGAAUAAUGUCAGUCUGAGUGCAAAGAGAACACUGUGCUGAUCAACUUUAUUCUUCUAAGAACUAAUACAUUAGAAAGGAUGCUGCUACAAGCUUUUUACAUUAUUUGUUUACACUUGCUUAAACUCCUCUUGAAAUCAUAGUAUGAUGAGAUCUACAUACAAGGGAACGCUCAGUCAAUAUCUCUUUUACGUUUCCUUAGUUUAUGCCUACCUUACCUUUGACAUCUGCUAUAAAUAUUUCUCAUCUAAUGUUCCUAGAUCAAACUUAAUUAAAUUUUACUUUCAGUAUUUACAUGAUGAACAGUAGUUUGGGUCUGUAAAAAGAUAAAUCAUGCACUGCCCUACCAACCUGGAAGUGAUAUGCAUGGAUUUCUUCUGCCAUGACCUGCCUUAACCUUCUCUCGGCAACAUCUCUGCUGUCCUUUUUUUUGGUCUGAAGGAUGUUGCUAACAUGUUGAGGCAUAAAUGAAGCCACCCAAAAGGAAAAGGUAUGUGAUAUCUUUUUUUCAUCUAAUUUCAGAAAGCCUUAAUGACUCUACCUAAGUGGCUUCAAAACAAGUAAAAAAAUCACGAUUUUUAAUUUGUCAGAAUACCGCAUGAGCAAAUGGUUUUUAUAGGCACCAAUUACAAGUUCUGCUAACACUAUCGAAACUUGUGAAAAUCCAAACUUCACAUACAAAAAAGCUGAAUUCUACCCAAGCUACCACAUAAAGGAGCAGAAAAAAUAUAAAUCCUAAGUGAUAGCUGGCUGGAAACCUAUAGAGACGUGAGAUCUCCUCCAUUUCAAUGGUUCAAGCUUCAGUGUGGGCUUUACUAGUUGCCAAUAGCUUCUUUUUUUCAGUAUCUGUCUUAUUUU